GACCUACCACAAAAGGGUUUCUCCCACAUCUUGGCUAUUGUGAAUAAUGCUGCUAUGAACAUUGGAGUGCAUGUACCUUUUCGAAUUAGAGUUUUCAUGGGAAUACAGACAUCUCUUCAAGAGCCAAAGAUGUUUGUCUUGCUCUAUGUUACAAGUUUUGCCAUUUGUGCGAGUGGACAACCUCGGGGUAAUCAGUUCAAAGGAGACAGCUACUCCCCAAGAUAUAUCUGUAGCAUUCCUGGCUUACCUGGACCUCCAGGCCCCCCUGGAGCAAAUGGUUCCCCUGGGCCCCAUGGUCGGAUCGGCCUUCCAGGACGAGAUGGUAGAGACGGCAGGAAAGGAGAGAAAGGUGAAAAGGGGGCUGCAGGUUUGAGAGGUAAGACUGGACCACUGGGCCUUGCUGGAGAGAAAGGGGACCAAGGAGAGACUGGGAAGAAAGGACCCAUGGGACCUGAGGGAGAGAAAGGAGAAGUAGGUCCUGUUGGGCCUCCUGGACCAAAGGGAGACAGAGGAGAGCAAGGGGACACAGGGCUGCCUGGUGUUUGUAGAUGUGGAAGCAUCGUGCUCAAAUCUGCCUUUUCUGUUGGCAUCACAACCAGCUACCCAGAAGAAAGGUUACCAAUUAUAUUUAACAAGGUCCUCUUCAAUGAGGGAGAGCACUACAACCCUGCAACAGGGAAGUUCAUCUGUGCUUUCCCAGGAAUCUAUUACUUUUCUUACGAUAUCACAUUGGCAAAUAAGCAUCUGGCAAUUGGGCUGGUACACAAUGGGCAGUACCGCAUAAAGACCUUUGAUGCCAACACAGGAAACCAUGAUGUGGCUUCAGGGUCCACAGUCAUCUAUCUGCAGCCAGAAGAUGAAGUUUGGCUGGAGAUCUUCUUCACUGACCAGAACGGCCUCUUCUCGGACCCAGGUUGGGCAGACAGUUUGUUCUCUGGAUUUCUCCUAUAUGUUGACACAGAUUAUCUAGACUCCAUAUCAGAUGAUGACGAGCUCUGA